UAAAGGGGACCAGGAGUGGAUGCCGCCUGGCUGGGACCGCCGUCAGCAGCGCCAGGAUUUGCGUGGCUUUCCUCUAGGCGCCUGGGGGCCCGCGAGGCCGAGGUGUGAGAGCCGGUCGGGCGGAGGAGUCUGAGCGGGUGGGAAAUGCGAGCGUGAACUGCGGCCCUGACUGCGCGGACGAACCUAGCUCCCUGGUGACAUUUGCAGACAAAAAAAGUUAAACUGUCAAGGAAUUCAUACCAUUUUGUACCUGUUACUUGGAACAACUUAAGGAGUCUUUGAUUUAUCAGAUCAGUUGGCAACAGAAAAUGAAAAGUAGCGUGGCACAGAUAAAACAUUCUUCUGGUCAUGACAGAAGGGAAAAUUAUAAUUCCUAUCAGAGAACCUCUUCUCCAGAAGACAGAUAUGCAGAACAAGAAAGAUCCCCUCGGGAUAGAGAUCACUUUGAUUACAACAGGUCAGACUAUGAGCAUUCAAGAAGAGGGCGUUCUUAUGAUAGUAGCAUGGAGUCACGAAGUAGGGACCGAGAAAAACGCAGAGAAAGAGAAAGAGAUAUGGAUCGUAAAAGGUCUCGGAAAUCCCCAACUCCUGGGAGAAGAAGCCCAGAACCAUCAGUAACCCAGAGUUCCUCUGCUCAGGAUGAACCUACUGCAAAGAAGAAGAAAGAUGAGCUGGAUCCUCUUCUUACUCGCACGGGUGGAGCCUAUAUUCCUCCUGCAAAGCUCAGGAUGAUGCAAGAGCAAAUUACAGAUAAAAACAGCUUAGCAUACCAGAGGAUGAGCUGGGAGGCCCUAAAGAAGUCAAUCAAUGGUCUUAUCAACAAAGUCAACAUCUCUAAUAUAGGUAUUAUUAUUCAAGAACUUCUUCAAGAAAACAUAGUUAGAGGAAGAGGCCUGCUGUCCAGAUCUGUUUUGCAAGCGCAGAGUGCUUCUCCAAUCUUCACCCAUGUUUAUGCAGCGUUAGUGGCAAUUAUCAACUCAAAAUUUCCACAGAUUGGGGAAUUAAUCCUUAAAAGGUUAAUUCUUAAUUUCCGAAAAGGCUAUCGAAGAAAUGAUAAGCAACUAUGUCUUACUGCUUCAAAAUUUGUGGCACAUCUUAUUAACCAAAAUGUGGCACAUGAAGUUUUAUGCCUAGAGAUGCUCACUUUGCUCCUAGAAAGACCAACAGAUGAUAGUGUUGAAGUAGCUAUUGGUUUUCUCAAGGAAUGUGGCCUCAAAUUAACACAAGUGUCACCAAGAGGAAUCAAUGCUAUAUUUGAGCGCCUCCGAAACAUUCUCCAUGAGUCUGAAAUUGACAAAAGAGUUCAGUAUAUGAUUGAAGUGAUGUUUGCUGUACGGAAGGAUGGAUUCAAGGACCACCCGGUUAUCCUAGAAGGCCUUGACUUAGUGGAAGAAGAUGAUCAGUUUACCCAUAUGCUCCCUUUGGAGGAUGACUAUAAUCCAGAAGAUGUUCUUAAUGUUUUCAAGAUGGAUCCUAAUUUUAUGGAGAAUGAAGAGAAGUACAAAGCUAUUAAGAAAGAAAUUCUUGAUGAGGGAGAUAGUGACUCAAACACAGACCAAGAUGCUGGAAGUAGUGAAGAGGAAGAGGAAGAAGAAGAUGAAGAGGGAGAAGAAGAUGAAGAAGGACAGAAAGUAACCAUUCAUGACAAAACAGAAAUUAAUCUAGUCUCAUUUCGUCGUACAAUUUAUCUUGCUAUUCAGUCAAGUUUAGAUUUUGAAGAAUGUGCACACAAAUUGCUGAAAAUGGAGUUCCCUGAAAGCCAAACAAAAGAACUCUGCAACAUGAUACUUGACUGUUGUGCCCAACAAAGGACAUAUGAGAAAUUUUUUGGCUUAUUAGCUGGGCGAUUUUGCAUGCUAAAAAAAGAAUACAUGGAAUCCUUUGAAAGUAUAUUCAAAGAACAAUAUGAUACCAUCCAUCGCUUGGAAACAAACAAAUUGAGAAAUGUUGCCAAGAUGUUUGCUCACCUUUUAUACACUGAUUCACUUCCAUGGAGUGUUCUUGAAUGUAUAAAGCUAAGUGAAGAAACCACUACAUCAUCCAGUAGAAUUUUUGUUAAAAUAUUUUUCCAAGAACUGUGUGAAUAUAUGGGUCUUCCUAAGCUUAAUGCAAGAUUAAAGGAUGAAACCCUACAGCCAUUUUUUGAAGGGUUAUUACCCCGAGAUAAUCCAAGAAACACUCGGUUUGCCAUCAACUUCUUUACUUCGAUAGGUCUUGGAGGUUUAACGGAUGAAUUGCGUGAGCAUCUCAAAAACACACCGAAGGUCAUUGUGGCACAGAAACCAGAUGUUGAGGCAAAUAAAUCCCCUUCCUCUUCCUCUUCCGCGUCCUCCUCUUCAGAGUCGGCCUCCUCUGCCUCUGACUCGGACAGCAGUGACAGUAGUUCAGAGUCUUCCAGCGAAGACAGUGGGUCUUCAUCCAGCAGUAGUCAGAGCUCUGCCUCAGAUAAAGAUAGAAGAAAGAAGGGACAAGGAAACACCAGAAGUAAGGAAGUAGAUAAAUUGAUCAGGAAACAACAGAGCCAUGAUAGGAAACAAGAAGAAAGAAGGCCAGAGCAAAGGCAUCGGGAAGCACGGACUGAAAGAGAAAGAAGGUCAGAAAAACAUAAAGAUAAAAAUUCAAGGGAUCCAAAUUGGAGAGAUCCCAUAACAAAGUACACUUCAGACAGAGGUGUUCCUUCUGAACGAAAUAGUUACAGUAGAAUCAUGAAUGACAGAGACCAAGAAGCACACACAGAUUUGGAAAAUAAGUAUGGUGAUCCCAAGAAGAAGAGAGGAGAGAGAAGAAACUCUUUUUCUGAAAAUGAGCACAGACACCGAAAUAAAGACUGUGAAAAUAUUAUAAGAAAAGAUAGAUCAAAGUCAAGAGAAAAGAAUAGAAAACAUUCAGGUUCUAGAAGUGAUGAAGAUAGGUAUCAGAAUGGUGCCGAAAGGCGAUGGGAAAAAUCUAGCAGAUACUCUAAACAAUCCAGAGAAUCAAACAAACAUCAGGACUGGCGAAGAGAAAAGUCUCCAACAAAGCAAAAAAAAUAGUUCUACAAAAUUACAGAAACUGAACAUGCCUUAUAUUCAGUUGAAACAAAUUAUUUUUUACAUUAACGAACUUUAUAAGAAUUCUUGUAUAAAGUACUGGUUUGUAUUUGUACAUUUAAAAAAAUUUUUUCAUUUUAACAUGUUUUAUAAUUGAUACAUCUCAAGGCCCUCCACAUAAAAUUAUUUGAGAAGUUUCACCAGAGAGGGAUGUAAUUCUUGCUUAUAUUUUGUUAAUAAAAUGAUGAAAUGCUCAUUGAA